CAUUAUUAUCACAGGAACUCCAACCCCUUUGUCAUUUCCUGUUGUAGUCGAAGUUGUCAAAGUGGAAACGAGCAGAAAUAUACCCCACUUCAACAUGGCAGACAAUUGGAGCUCAACUUUGAAUUUCAACAUCGGGGUGCUCGGGCAUGUGGACAGCGGCAAAACGUCGCUGGCUCGGGCUUUGAGCAGCACCGCAUCCACGGCUGCCUUCGACAAGAACCCUCAGUCCCGCGAGAGAGGCAUCACCCUGGACCUCGGCUUCUCUUCCUUCACCGUGGACUUUCCCGAGCCGCUGCGGGAGAGCGGAGACCACCAGCGACCGUAUGAAAACCUGCAAUUCACCCUGGUGGACUGUCCGGGACAUGCCUCUCUCAUUCGGACCAUCAUUGGAGGGGCGCAAAUCAUCGACCUGAUGAUGCUGGUGGUGGACGUGGUGAAAGGAGUGCAGACUCAAACAGCUGAGUGUCUGCUCAUCGGAGAGAUGACCUGCCCUCGCAUGGUGGUUGUGCUCAACAAGACGGACCUUCUGCCGGCCAACAAGAGGCAAAGCGCCAUUGAGAAAAUGACCAAGAGACUUCACAAAACGCUGGAGAACACCAGUUUUAAAGACUGUCCAGUGAUUGCGGUGGCCGCCAAGCCCGGGGGCCCUGAGGCUGCCGACGCACAGGAACCACAAGGGGUGUCUGAGUUAAUCGAGCUAUUAAAAAAACAAACCUAUAUCCCACGGAGAGACCCAGAAGGCGACCUGCUAAUGGCUGUGGACCACUGCUUUUCCAUCCGGGGCCAAGGAACAGUCAUGACUGGAACCAUCCUGCAGGGGUCGCUGGCUAUCAACGACACUGUGGAAAUCCCAGCACUAAAGGUGACUAAGAAGGUAAAGUCGAUACAGAUGUUUCGGAAGCCAGUGUCGGGGGCCAUGCAAGGGGACCGCGUGGGUGUGUGCGUGACACAGUUUGACCCAAAGUUGUUGGAGCGGGGGCUGGUGUGCACCCCGGGCUCCCUGCGCACCGUCUUCGCCGCUGUCAUCUCCGCCAAGAAGAUCGGCUACUUCAAAGGCUCUCUCAGCACCCGGGCCAAGUUCCACAUCACGGUGGGACAUGAGACGGUCAUGGCGAGGGUGACCUUCUUUGGAUUGCCGCCGGGCACGCCACAUCCGCAGCCCGGCUCCUUAGAAAUGGCCUUUGCCUUCGACAGAGCGUACCUGUUCCAGGAAGACUACGUCACAGGCCAAGGAGAGUCCAGUGCAGGACCCGAGCCGGAGCAGUGGGCCUUGUUGGAAUUUGAGCGGCCCGUCACAUGCCCCUUACACUGCCUGGCGAUUGGCUCCAAACUGGAUACGGACAUCCACGCUAAUGCGUGCCGCUUGGCCUUCCAGGGCCGCCUGCUGCACGGGUUUGAAGAUAAAGGCUAUGCCGAGACGGGCCUCCCUCGCCUGCUCAUCUACAAGACCAAACACAAGGAAGGGCAAGUGGAGAGGGUGACGGACGAUUACACUGUGAUUGGCCGCAACCUGUUCAAGAAGGAAACCAAUUUGCAGAUCUUUGUGGGCCUGAAGGUCACGCUGUCAACGGGUGAAACCGGCGUCAUUGAGGGCGGGUUUGGACAGAGCGGGAAGUUCAAAAUUCGAAUACCAGAGGGUCUCCGCCCAGAAACCAAGCAGUUGCUGUCCUCGACCACUUCCAAGAAAAAGGGGAAGGGGGGCGGCAAAGACUGUGGCGCCACAAAUGAAGACGAGCCCAAAGCCGACGCUCAGCAUGUUAGCAUUCACUUGGAUUUUAAGCGCUAUGUCUUCGACCCCCAUAAGAAGAUGGUUCAGUCGUGACCUCCACGAUGCCGUCCGAACAUUCAUCAAGACUUUUUGUCCUUGGAGCAAGCCUGCGCUGACUUCAUUUUAUGGCUUGGUGGAAAAUGCUUAAUUUAAAUUAGAUAAAAGCGUAUAGCUGCAACUACUGGGAAAAGUUUAAUCUCACCAAACCGAGAUAGACUCGAUUCACCCUUCUGACAACAAGCAUUUGUUUUGUUUUUUGUGUGCUUUUUUUUAAUAGGUCUUAAAAAACAAUUAGCAAACCAUUGAUUUCUUUUUCUGUACACAUCUGAUAACGGGAGGUUUUUAAACCAGCUGAGGAUGGGAAAAAAAAUGGUGUUAUAAAGCAAUCAUGUUGUUAUCUAUCUCUUCUUCUGUCACUGGGGUCAAUGAUUAAUCACGUUGUAAUUUUCUUUUUGACAUCAUUUCUUGAAAUGACAACAGCGGAAGGGUUUUUGACCUGCAAUUAUAUCAGAUUCAUCGGAAAAGUCACGCAAAUAAAACAAAGCCUAUCAAAAACUUCA